AUGGCUUCGUCGAAUAAUGAUAUUCAGUUGGUUGAACAUUCAGUUCUUCAAACAACCUUUUCGGUUGAUGCGAAUGAACAUUCGAAUCUACAGAAUCAACCUGUACCCUCUGAUCGCAUAAAUCAUUUAAAAUGGAUAGCUACGGCUCCAACAUCAGUAAAAAAUUAUUUCUUUUCAUUAGAAUUCUCUACCAUUGUUGGGAUUGGACUUGCACUUUUAACAGUUUUAGUAACAGUCAUCGGCGUACCUAUAUUAUAUUCUUUCAAGAGCAAAGAAAUUGCAACAAGUAGUGGUAUUACUCUUCGUUGGAACACAAAGGCAAGGACAAUAAUCGGGAUUUCAGGUGAGGCCGGUGCGUCUGCAGAUCAAGUUUCUAAACCGCUUGGUUUAAAAUUCGAGUCACCCAAUACACUUUAUAUCGCUGAUUAUCAAAAUAAUCGAGUUCAAAAAUGGCAAAUUGACGCUACAAACGGCACGACAGUAGCUGGCCAAGCAGAUGCAUCAAUAGGCAACGCUGCGAAUCUUUUUCACUAUCCUGCUUAUUUCGUUCUUGAUCCAAAUGACAAUAUCUAUGUAUCAGAUCGAUAUAACUUUCGAGUUCAACUUUGGGCUAAAGGCGCCUCUUCUGGUCAAACCAUCGCCGGUACAGGAGUUGCUGGCAUUGGCGCUGAUCAAUUGAAUAAUCCAUGGGGUAUUGCCCUUGACUACAAUGCAAGUAUAAUUUACAUAGCAGAUUGUUAUAAUAACCGUGUGAUGAAAUAUAAAUUGGGUGAAACGAAUGGUACUUUGGUUGCUGGUGGAAAUGGUCAAGGAACAACUAAUAAACAGUUGUUUUAUCCUACAGGUCUCUAUUUUGACUUAUCAACAAACAGCAUUGUCAUUGCUAAUUGGGGUGGGAAUAAUAUUGUUCAGUGGAUGUUAGGAGAUGAUCAUUGGACUAUUCUUGCCGGUGACUUUAAUGGAGUGAUUGGUAGUACAUCAACAUUACUCAAUGGUCCAUACGAUAUGGUAUUUGACUAUAUGAAGAAUUUAUAUGUGGCUGAUACAGGUAAUCAGCGCGUACAACUUUUCAUUAAAGGUCAAAUGAAUGGUACCACAAUUGCUGGUUCAACUGGAACCCAAGGCAAUACACAUAGCUUACUAUAUAAUCCUUAUUCACUCGCUCUGGAUGAUCAGCUCAAUUUGUACAUUGCAGAUACGUUCAAUAAUCGAAUACAACGAUAUUCACGUUAUUAA